CUUUAUUUAGUCAUGGCCAAGCAACAUAACAAUAACGUAAAGAAGCCUGUGACAAAAGAUCCUCGUUUCGCCAAUGUUCAUCAUGAUCCUCGAUUCAUGAGACCAAAGAAACAGGACAUGAAGGUUACUAUUGAUAAACGUUUCGCUUCCAUGAUGAACUCUGCUGAAUUUAGCGAUGCUCCUCGCGUUGAUAAAUAUGGCCGCAAAUUAAAACAAAACACUGCCGAAAAACAAUUAAAGCGUUAUUAUAAACUAGAAGAAGACGAAGGGGAAGAAGAGAGAAGCGAUGAAGAACAGACGCUGGAAGAAUUAGAAAAGGAAUUAGCAGAUGAUGAAGAGAAUUUACUUGAUGAAAAGCUUUUGGCUGGUUAUGAUCCUAUGCGUGGUCGAGGUGAAAUUUCCUCUUCAGAUAAGGAUGAGGAUACGGAUGAAGACGAAGAGGACUUGGAAAGUGAACCCGAUGAGAUGGAUGCGAUUAGACGUAUUCAUGAAGGUGAUGAAACACACCGAUUGGCUCUUGUCAACAUGGACUGGGAUAAAAUCAAGGCCGUUGAUAUCUUGAAGGCACUGAAUGGAUUUAAGCCUGAUACGGGUAUCAUCAAAAGCGUCACCAUUUACCCAUCUGAAUUUGGAAAAGAGCGACUAGCAGCUGAAGAAGUCAGCGGUCCACCUAGAGAGAUUUUCAAAAAGAAGGAUGGAUCCGACAGCGAGAGUGACGAAGAAGAAGAAGAAGAAAUUACAGCAGAAACAAUCAUUAAGAAUCAAGUGGAAGAAGGAGAUGGUCGUGACUUUGAUCAGGAUGCAUUACGCAAAUAUCAACUGGACAGACUCAAGUACUAUUAUGCAGUAGUAGAAUGUGAUAGUGCUCAAACAGCCAAGAUCAUUUAUAAUGCCUGUGAUAAUACAGAGUAUGAGAAUAGUGCCAACUUCUUUGAUUUACGCUAUAUACCCAAUGACAUGUCAUUUAAUAAUGAAGAAAUCAAAGACAAGGCUACCAUCGUACCUGACAAUUAUGCACCCACCAAAUUCACAACAGAGGCUCUCCAGAACACCAAAGUGAAAUUAACUUGGGAUGAAGAUGAUGUUGACAGAUACCAGACAUUGAGACGAGAGUUUACGCAGGACGAUUUGAAAAACCUUGAUUUUGAUGCCUAUCUUGCCUCUUCAGAUGACGAAGAAGAGACAGAGGAUGUAGAAGCAUUAAAGGAAAAAUAUAGAAAAUUAUUAGAAUCAAAUAACGGCAAUGCCUAUGAAGACAAGGUAGAUGAAGAAGAUGAAGAAGAGGGUGAUAUGGAAAUCACAUUUACACCCGGUUUGAGUGAAGCAGCAAGUGUAGCUGUUAAGAAUCAACUGGAAGAAGAUAAAGAAGAGACAACGAUUGAGAAAUACAUGCGUAAGGUCAAAGAAAAGAAGCAAGCAAAGAAGGCUGCCAAGCAACAAAACAAUAAAACCUCCAAAGAUGAAGAUGAAUCUGAUAUCGAUGCUGAUAUGGAGAGUGAUCCAUAUUUUAAGGAAGCACUGUCAGAAAUGGCAGAAGAAGGCUUUGUGGGUGCUGAUAACAGUGAAAAGAAGGCCAAGAAGAAGCGAGCUUCCAGAGAAGAGCGUGAACAGAAGGCUCGUGAACGUGCUGAACUCGAACUCCUUAUGGGAGACGAUGGCAAAGACGAAGGUUUCAAUAUGAAGGAAGUGUUAAAACGAGAAAAGAUGGAAAAGAAGAAGAAGAAGGGAAAGAAAGGAAAGAAAGCUGAAGAGACAGAAGAUGACUUUGAGCUUGAUAUUAAUGAUCCACGUUUCUCUGCUAUUCAAGAAUCACAUCAUUUUGCUAUUGAUCCUACAAAUCCUCAAUUCAAGAAGACAAAGAAUAUGCAAAAAUUAUUAAGUGCCAGACAUACCAAGAUGAAGAAGGAUAACAAAGAAAAGGACGAGUGGAAGAAAGAUCAACGAGGUGCUAAGCGUCAAAAAGUCAAGCACACAUAAUAAUAAAGUCAUUCAAAUAAACUUUUUAAAAGGUCACGCUUUUUAUUAUCAUUAUCCAAAUUGACAUAAAAUGGUCAGCUUAUUUGGUACCCUUGAGGACCUUCUUGACAAUCUUUUGUUCUUCGAUCAAGAAAGCACGGACAAUG